UAUCUUACGAACCAUUACUUCUCUUACUUAUCUUUUACAUAAUCUAUGGAUUACUAAAAUGUCGCAUUCUGUUUUGGUAUCAUCGGGGAAUAAAGGAAAUCAAUUUUCAUAAUUAUCGAUGAUUUUAGUAUUACGUUCACGGUGUAUUACUUACAAAUACGAGGGAAUUUUUAACUUUAAUCCACAACCAUGAAUACCACAGCCCCAACAUCUGCUGAUGCCUGCCUCAGUAUUGUCCAUUCACUUAUGUGCCAUAGACAAGGUGGCGAGAGUGAAGGCUUCUCAAAGCGUGCCAUAGAGUCUCUUGUGAAGAAAUUAAAAGAAAAAAGAGAUGAACUAGAUUCACUUAUAACUGCAAUCACUACCAAUGGCGCUCACCCUAGCAAAUGUGUAACUAUACAAAGGACUUUGGAUGGACGCUUGCAGGUUGCUGGCCGUAAAGGAUUCCCCCAUGUGAUUUAUGCAAGAAUUUGGCGUUGGCCAGAUCUACACAAGAAUGAGCUGAAACAUGUUAAGUUUUGUCAAUUUGCUUUCGAUCUUAAAUGCGACUCAGUUUGUGUGAACCCCUACCACUAUGAGAGAGUGGUAUCACCUGGAAUUGAUCUCUCUGGUCUAACACUACAGUCAGGGCCGAGUAGGUUAGUGAAAGAUGAAUACACAGCAGGUCUCAGCGGUAACGGCAUGGACAUGGACACAGGUGAACUGGUGACCAUCCAGCAUCAUGCAACAAGCCCUAGACACCAUCACACGUCAAUGCCACACCAUCAUCAACAAUUCCAGACCACAAACAUUAUUCUUAAUCAAGGACAAACGCCAGAGGGCGUUCCGAACAUGUUUUCACCGCACGGAGCGAGACCGCCUAUCCGGCCACCCGGCGGUCCACCACAGCUCACACAGCAGAUGAUCCAUUCCCCAAGUGCACAACAAAUGAUGACAAACCAUCAAUCCCAGAUGCAAGGCAACCCACAAAUGGGGCCAGGGACUCCACAGAUGGGACCCGGAACACCUCAGAUGGGACCCGGAACACCUCAGAUGGGACCCGGAACACCUCAAAUGGGUCCCAGCACACCACAAAUGGGUCCAGGGACACCACAAAUGGGAACGAAUGUUCCACAAAUGGCAUCACCGAGAAUGGCCUCUGCUCCCACUCAGAUGUCCCCGGGGACGCCGCAGAUGCCGACCAUAAGUCAAGGAAUGUCUAUACCUAGUCCCCAGCAAAUGGUGAUAGGGCAACAAAGAGCGAUUGCGCCAAAAUUGGAGCCUCCCGACACAAUGGAUGCGCGCGCGAUGUGGCUGCCUAAGAGAAUGAAUCAUUCCACCAUGCCAGUUAGUAUGUCCCCUGGGGGAACAACGCCGCUUAUAGAUGGGACUACCACUACUUUCUUUACUAAUGAACAGACCUCAGCUGACACACAAAUGACCCAAACAAUGCCAGUAGGCACAGUUUCAGUGCCGGCAGUGUCAUCAGUGGGUCCAGUACAGGGUGUGCAGACGCCUACAGCGGAGAGCCAGCAGAACGGCUUCGCUAGUGCCACCAGCCCACCGCCGCAGCCAAGUCCCAUCCCGCACCGCACGCAAAAUCAGCAUCAACAAGGAACAUGGACAGGCAACAAUACGCUUACAUACACGCAGAGCCUGGCCCCGCCCCCCGCCGCCCCGCCCGUGCCUGUCGAUGCCCCGCCCCAUCAUCAUCAUUACUACAAUGGAAAUCCCGGAGGUCUACUGUCUAGUCAGCCGGCACCGGAAUAUUGGUGCUCGGUGGCUUAUUUCGAAUUGGACACGCAAGUCGGCGAAACUUUUAAGGUCCCAUCGAGUAGACCUAAUGUCACUGUGGACGGAUACGUGGAUCCAUCCGGUGGGAACAGAUUCUGUCUCGGCGCUUUAAGUAAUGUACAUAGAACGGAACAAAGUGAGAGAGCGAGACUGCACAUCGGCAAGGGCGUGCAGCUGGAUCUGCGCGGCGAGGGCGACGUGUGGCUGCGCUGCCUGUCGGACCACUCGGUCUUCGUACAGUCUUACUACCUGGACCGCGAGGCAGGCCGCGCGCCCGGUGACGCCGUGCACAAGAUAUAUCCCUCUGCUUGUAUUAAGGUAUUCGACCUGCGACAGUGCCACAGGCAGAUGCAGACGCAGGCGGCGACCGCGCAGGCCGCGGCCGCAGCGCAGGCGGCAGCCGUUGCCGGCCAUAUACAGCCAGCGCACCCCGGCAUGAAUAAGUGUUUGACGGCGGCGGCUGGUAUCGGCGUGGAUGAUUUAAGGCGACUAUGCAUCGUGCGGCUGUCCUUCGUCAAGGGCUGGGGCCCGGACUAUCCCCGUACCUCCAUCAAGGAGACGCCCUGUUGGGUCGAAGUGCAUCUACAUAGAGCACUCCAACUGCUCGACGAAGUUCUCCACACGAUGCCCAUCGAUGGUCCUCGGACGAGCAUCGAGUAGGAGUUGAUCGGCUUCUUUUGAGGCCUUCGAGCGACACUCGGCGUGUCGCCACUUGCGGCAAGCGACGCCCGACAUGCGACUAGUCGCGAUCUGUGACCAGUCAUGACUUGUGAUGAUUAGUUGAGACUAGUGAUCAGUUGUGAUGUGUGACCAGUUGUGAUUUGUGACAGUGAUCCGUGUCAGGUGUCGACAGUCGCAACUAUACGCGUCUUAUGACCAAUCACAAGAACGCGACUUGUGACUAGUCGCAGUGAAUUUGCGACUCGCAGUUUGUCGCCCCGGCGCGCGCCGCUUUUAUGUUAUUGUACAAGCCACCACUCAAAUGUUAGUGAUCCUUACAUUGUAAAGAUAGGUUAGUGAUAUUUUUAUUAAUGAGGUAAAAUCAUUGUAUGGUACAAAUAUUAAUAUUCGCUUCAAAUUAGAGAUUAGAUCUAUUACGAUUUUUUUUACAAAGUAGCCCUUUGUGAAAAUUUGCAAUGUUAAUUUGAUAUUGAAUAGGAAAUGAAAUUUAACACAACCAACAUUAAAUCAUUGUUCAAAGCAGGUACAAAUAAAAAUUAUAUAAAUAGACAUAUAGUACACAAAUAUAUAAAGAUGCAUUCAGAUAAAUGAAUUAUAAAUUCAAACCAUUAGGAUUAAAUUGUAAGUGGGUUGCAAGAGAUACUGUUAUGGAUUAAUAUUAAGUAUAUUAUUCCAUUUGGGUGGUGGUUUUUGUACAAUAAGGUAAUGUGCAAGUUUGUUUCGUGCGAUAAGUGUUGUGUGGAACUGUGAAGUGAAUAAGAAUUGUUAUUGGAUUGUGAUAUAUGAGGUGGUUUGCCAUAGUUGCAUUUAUUAAAAAGGUUAGUUAUUAUUAUUUUAUAUUUUCGUUAUAAAUAGCCAAAAAGGCGACUUGUUGCAUGUCAACUGAUGACUAUAAAGUCUAAAAUUUAUCUAAAUUAUUUUAUAUUUGGUUCACACUUCCAAAGUGAUCAAUAAAGCCUUCAUAGGUUUAAACUAAAGUAAGUUAUGACUACUAAAGUUGUCUUUUUUUCGUUAUUUUUUAAUGUUUCGGCCUGUCUUCCAAAAUUAUUAUUU